CUUUCAGUCAGGUCGUGUGCUAUGAGAUGAACACUUUCGAUCUCUAAUUGGAAGUUUCGAAAUAUUUCUGCACACGCUUUGAAUAUUAUUAACAGUACUUUUGAAGUUUAGGACGUUCGUGGAGUUUAUUCUUUAAUAGGCUGUAACAGUUUUUGAUCGGAUUAUUACGUGAUUAACUGUGUAGACGUUAAUGAUUAUUAAUAUUUAUUGACACUGGAUAUGGUGAUAUAAGGAAAUGCAACAAUGUUAAAAUGGAAAUGGUGUCAGAAUCAACCUUGGCUAUCGUAGGACACCUGGAGAGGAACAGAAACUUUUUAUAUGGUCAUAUUGCAUAGAUCUAAAUGCCUUUAACAACAGACCAGUGCGCUGCUGUUUGCAGGCGCCGACUAUGUUUGACUCGACUAAGGGCGCAUUGCUAGUGGCGCCAUCUCUUGCGAAUAGUUCAUGCUGGCUACAUGGUAAAGGUUGGCCGUCUACCUUCCCAGCGACUACUGAUAUCAUCAAGGCCUUUUUUAUAUUCGCCCUGUCUAUGGCUAUCGUCUUCUGCAACCUCGUGCUCAUAUGUGUUCUAAAUAAUCGAAGAUAUGUCAAGUAUAUUGAUAAUCAGCCAAGAUAUCUUCUAACUUCGCUAGCGCUAAAUGACUUAUUCACUGGUAUUUUAAUCGCUCCGGUCGCAUUACUCCCAGCUCUUUAUAAGUGCUGGCCCUACGGAGAAAUAUUCUGUCAAAUUCAGGCACUUUUACGUGGAGCAGUGAGUCAACAGAGCGCUGUUAUUCUUGUGUGUAUGGCGAUAGAUAGAUAUUUGUAUUUGUUACAUCCAAGCACUUAUCAUAAACAUUCUAGUAAAAAGGGCUGCGUGUUAGUUAUAAGUAUAACUUGGAUUUUGUCCGUGUCCCUAUUUGCUAUAAUGGUGUUGCCAAGAUCGGGUUAUUACUUCAACGCGACGGGCUUAAUGGCGUGCGAUGUGUUCCACAGCCGAGUAGCGUUCAGAAUUCUUUCCUGCUGUGCUUACUAUUUCCCAACUACAAUGGCUCUUAUGUAUUGUUACGGGUCAGGGUUUCACGUAAGCAAGACAAGAGGAAAAUGUGAAGAUUCUCGAACUAACGGAUUGUCUCAGGCAUGCACUAAAGCCCAUAUUGAAAUUGAAAAUGUGCAAAUACAGCCACCUAUACGACCGCAUAGCGUUAGCACAUCACGUACUAUGGCUGCAAUGUCCUUAGGAUUUAUUGUUAUGGUCACGCCGGCGACUAUUCAAGAAGUGGUUGCCGCUUGCACUGGUUGUAAGGUUCCUCCGACUUUGGAUUUUAUCGUUACAUGGAUAGCGUUGAGCGAUAGUUUUUGGAAUCCAUUCCUAUAUUGGCUUUUGAAUAGUCAUUUUCGACGAAUCAGCCACGAUCUACUACAAUAUUAUAUUUGCUGUCGAAAAACUAAAUCUUUUCCGGGUUAUGAAAAGACUACUGGAUGUUGUGGUUCACCUGUAACAUCCGAUGGUUUGCAUUCUAAAGGAGAGUUCGAAGGUUUAAGAGAAAAAUAUUGGGGAGAAAUUCUAGAACGUACAGUUUCAUCCAAUUCACUCCAUGCUCUUCAAAAAGCAUGCCAUAGAGAUCCUAUUAGGUGUACAGGAUCUUUUAAAGGCUAUCAUGGGGCAUGUAAGCAUGGAUCCAGGUUUUUCGAUGGAUAUGGUCCUACAGAGUACAGGCAUCUAGAUAGAUCCGCCUUCCAAAUAGAGACCUGUUCAAGACAUUGUAGAUUAAAAAAUUCAGAUAUAUGCCUUUUUAGGCCAAGUGCAAGUCUAGAAUGCGGGCGCUCUCGUUCUAAUUUGAGUUUAGAUGAGGGCAAUUUCACCAAAUUAUGUAAUAAUAGACAUCCAGAAUUGUGAGAGUUUCGUAACUGUCCGGUCUUCGGGCAUAGAAGUAAUAGUGUUAGUGUUUAUCCUGGGGUUGAACAUUUUAAUUCAAAUAUUAAGUGGAAAUUCAAUGACUCGCCCUGUUUGGAUGAUGAUAACAUACAAAAUUUAGAGCAUAAUUUGGACAGAAUACGCAGUUUGAGCCAUGAGCGAAACUUUGCGUACGGCGCGGAGAAUGACAAUUUAUUAGAAGUGGAAGUGAACGAUGUGACAGAAGACGAUUCUGAUGAAAAUAAAGAAUUUAAUUGUGAAAAUGAGUGCUCUGAUGACAAAAUAGAAUAUAACGGCAAUUCCAAGUUCUCUAGACAUUCUUCUCUUUCUAAUAGAGAGUUGGAUGUUAUUAAAGAAAGCUCUAGAAGUUCUAGUGAUACCGAAGUGACGUUAACUCGAUGACUUCCGAGAGUGACUUUCGAUCGAUCAAUAAAUGUUGUUCAUCUGAACUUAUCCCCUGAAGGACAUUGUUGUAAACAUAGCGUUAAACAGUAUAAAGCUAGAUAUUGAAUAAUGUGUAAUAUUAUUAAACGUGGACCAGUAGAUUUUGGUCUAUUUUCUCUGUAAAUAUUCUUAUUCUGUAUAAAUGUAGACACCUUAAGGAGUGCAGUUUAUUAUAACAUUGGAUGUAUUAUUUAGUUGUAAAUCACUCAAGAUAUUCAUAUUAUUAUAUUAGUGACCGUAAUGAAUACAAAAGAUUUUUAAAUUAAUUAUUAUUAUGACAGAUGUUGGCGUCAUCAGGAUGCUUCGAUAUUCCUAUAGUAGUUUUGUAUUUUUUGUAAUUGUUUGUACAUAUACUAUAAGUACAUUAAUAGUUUUUGUUUGAAGUUUUUGUCUAUAAGAAGUAAUUGAAUUUUCGAUGUUUAAUUAGCGUUAAUAUUUUAGUAUAUGAUAUUAUAUGAAUAGAAAAAACGUAUUUCUUUUAAAUUUAAAUUUUAUUCUCACUUGAAAUGAUAUGUUUCAAAAUGUCUGAAUAUGUUGUGUAUUUGUUUCAUUGUAUAUUAAUAACAAGUAACUUUAGACUGAAAACUUAUGUCUCUGGUUGUUAAUUGUAUAUGUUUGGAGUAUUGGAAGGAAUUUUGUGAAAUUUGAAUCGCACAAUUCUAUUUGUGUGUGAAAAUCGUGUGUA